UUCUUUAAACCCCGACACUUCGCUGGAGUUGCUUCCCUGCGCGUCUUAGAGUCGGUGGGAGGGGAGCAUUCCCCAAAAUCUCUUCUAAAGAUGGAGACCCGUCUGGUUGUUUUCCCUGGCGUCCACUUUACUCUUUCUACCUGGCUAAUUCUUUCCUCCUGGUAUGUUUUUCCAAAUGUAAAGGCAGAUAUAAGUUGCGCGCCAUGUAUGUCGCCAAUGCAAGUGAAUUACGCAGGGGAUGAGCAUCUGCGUGACCCGCCUGAUUCUGGGAAAUAUCCGAGACAGGAUCAAAAGAAACCCAAGCUGAUCGCAGUUCUUUACCCGAAUAUUGGAGUACCAACAGCACAAGAGGUGGAUGGUUUUCCAGGGAUCGCGCCAAAACUGGAAAGAAACGCAGAGGAGAUAAGCUCCCGCGCGCUUUUGGGGGACUCCACCGAGUCCGCUUUAGAUGAAGAAUUGUUUUCGGAUGAAUAUGUAAAAAGUGAAUCCGAAUAUGGACCCGAGGACGCCGCAUUAGGGAGAGUCAAAAGAAGCGUGCCCGAGUUUCUGGAGAGCGCGGAAGUCCGCUCGGAGGAGCAGAGAAAGACCUCCGGUCUGCGGGUGGACGGACAGAGUAAACGCGCCGAAGUUCGCUGGAACAGAGAUGAUGAGCACGAAUCCAGACCAGACGAACCCAAACUGACCAGCAGCACUUUUGCUCUGGCUGGAGACUCCGCGCACAACCACGCAGUCGUUUACUGGACUGGAAAAAACAGCAGUGUGAUACUGAUUCUCACCAAGCUAUAUGACUUUCACCUUGGCAGUGUAACGGAAAGCACUUUAUGGAGGUCGACAGAUUAUGGCAGCACUUAUGAGAGGCUGAAUGAUAAAGUGGGAGUCAAGACUGUUUUGAGUUACCUCUAUGUCUGCCCCACCAACAAGAGAAAGAUAAUGGUGUUGACUGACCCAGAGUUUGAAAGCAGUGUUCUCAUCAGCUCGGAUGAAGGUGCCAGUUAUCAGAAGUACCGCUUAAACUUCUUCAUCUUAAGUCUUCUUUUCCAUCACACUCAAGAGGACUGGGCUUUGGCCUACAGCCACGAUCAGAAGCUGUAUAGUUCAUUUGACUUUGGCCGAAAGUGGCAGCUGGUUCACGAGCGAGUGACUCCGAAUCGCUUCUACUGGUCAGUAACCGGUCUGGACAAGGAGUUAGAUCUGGUGCACAUGGAGGCCCACACUCCUGAUGGACAUUGUCAGUAUGUGACAUGCAGAGCUCAAGCCUGCUCUGAAUCCAGUAGGACAUAUCCAUUUUCUGGUUAUAUUGAGACCAACUCACUUGUGGUUCAAGAUGAAUAUGUGUUUGUUCAGGUGACGACCACUGGCAGAGCAAGCUACUAUGUGUCCUAUCAAAGAGAACCUUUUGUACGCAUUAAAAUCCCCAAAUACUCCCUGCCCAAGGACAUGCAUAUUGUGAGCACAGAUCAAGGUCAGGUUUUCACUGCUGUCCAGGAGUGGAACCAGAACGAUACCUACAACCUGUACAUAUCUGACACGCGUGGAAUAUACUUCACUUUGGCCCUGGAGAACGUCAGGACCAGCCGUGGGCUCGGAGGCAACAGCAUGAUUGACCUUUACGAGGUAGCAGGGAUUGAAGGUAUGCUCAUUGCUAAUAGGAAGGUGGAGAACCAGGUGAAGACGUACAUAACUUACAACAAGGGCCGAGACUGGAGGCUUUUGCAGGCGCCCACUACUGACCUGGCAGGAAAUCCCAUUCAUUGUGUGCUGCCGUUUUGCUCGCUGCACCUACAACUGCAGAUGUCAGAGAACCCGUACCUCUCAGGCUCCAUUUCCACCAAGAGCUCGGUGCCGGGAGUCAUCGUGGCUACAGGAAAUAUUGGGUCUGAGCUGUCUUACAAUAAUGUGGCGAUGUUCAUUUCAUCAGAUGCAGGCAAUAACUGGAGACAGAUUUUUGAAGAAGAGCACAACGUGUGGUUUUUGGACAAAGGUGGAGCUUUGGUUGCCGUGAAGCAGCCCACUGUGCCCACUAGACAUCUUUGGAUCAGUUUUGAUGAAGGUCGUCAGUGGACGCGUCACAGUUUCUCAGCCAUGCCGCUGUUCGUGGACGGUGUUCUGGUGGAGGCAGGUGCUGAAAAUCAGAUCAUGACGUUUUUUGGACACUUCAGUCAUCGUUCUGAAUGGCAGCUUAUCAAAAUUGACUACAAGCCCAUAUUCACCAGAAGGUGCACAGAGGGAGACUACCAAACCUGGCACCUGCAUAACCAGGGUGAGCCAUGCAUAAUGGGUCAAAAGAAGAUCUACAUGAAGCGUCGUCCAGGAAACUACUGCAUGGUUGGAUGGGACAACUCCAGGAUCCUGUCUGCAGAACCCUGUAUUUGCAGAGCACAUGACUUUGAAUGUGAUUAUGGUUUUGAGAGAAGAGGGGAUGGAAACUGUUUGCCUGCAUUUUGGUUCAACCCUUCCACACUGUCUCGAAGCUGCAGCCAAGGGCAAAACUACCUCAACAGCACAGGAUAUCGUAAAGUGGUAGCGAAUAACUGCACAAAAGGAGUGAAGGAGAUGUACACAGCCAGGAAACAGCAGUGUCCGAAUCGCCCCCCGCGAGGUUUAGUCCUGACAACACAUGAUGACAAACUCACAGCCAACAUGGGCAGCAAUGUGACCUUCCUGGUGCAGUUAGAAGAGGGUGACUCUAUGAGGACAAACAUUCAGCUGGACUUUGGGGAUGGUACAGCCGUGUCCUACUCCAACCUGAGCUGGACAAAAGAGGGCAUCCGGCACAUGUACCGAAGCGCAGGCAUCUUCAGAGUAACAGCGCUGGCGGAGAACAGCCUCGGGUUCGACACCUCAUCCCUCCACCUGCAUGUGACGUGCCCUGUGGAGCAUAUUCAGCUGAUGGCUCCAUAUGUGGUCAUUAAGAAUAAGGAGGUGAACCUGACGGCAGUGGUCUGGCCUUCUAAUUUCAGAACGCUUACCUAUUUCUGGUGGCUGGGGAACAACACAGAGCCCAUAAUUACGCUGGACAGCAGUAUUUCACACACGUUCAGCACCGAGGGCAUGGUCACCGUCACUGUUCAGGUCUCGUCAGGAGACUCUAUACUACAGGACACCAGAAGCAUCGCCAUACAAAAAUUCUUCAAAUCGCUUCUUUUGUCUUUCUCUCCUAAUCUGGACGAGGCUAACCCCGACGUCCCGGAGUGGAGACAGGAUGUGGGUCGGGUAAUUCAGAAGGCUGUUCUCCAAGUCGCUGACAUUCCGGAAGAACAGUUGCUGGUGGCCGUGUUUCCUGGCAUUCCGACUGCGGCCGAACUCUUCCUGCUUCCUCCCAGGAACCAAUCGGAUGGCAGGAUAUGGACAGAGGAGGAUCUGGAGCAGAUCUCAGAAAUUUUGGUCAACGCAUUGAAUCAGAUCUCUGUGGAGUUCGAGUUGAAACCUGGCUCCCGGGUCAUCGUUUACACCACACAAUUAACUUUAGCUCCACUGGUUGACUCCAUCCCGAGACACAGCAGUUCUGCUAUGCUGAUGCUUCUGUCUGUGGUGUUUUUGGGUUUAGCUGUAUUUCUCAUCUACAAAUUUAAGAGAAAAAUCCCUUGGAUUAACAUUUAUGCGGAGGUGAACCAUGAGAAAGAGCAGGAGAUGAUCAGUACGGUGGGCCAGAAUGACGCCACACCAAAAAUCACCCUGAGUGAGUUCUCCACCCAGAAAGAGCUAAUGGAGAAAGAGCUGGAGGCCCGUGCCAAACGCGGUGUGAUCAACACCUGCGAAAGCACAAGGGAGAUCCCCAACUGCACGAGUGUCUGAAAACGUCAAGAAAGAAGGCGGAGGCGUAUUGUAAUAAUGUGUACAGAGGUAUCACAAUUUUAAAGGUUGACAGUUUUCCUUUAUGCUUUUUUUGUAAAUUCAAAACACUGUCAUUGUUAAUAGUUUUCUAAGGAGCUCAGAUUUGCAUGGGUGUCUUGUUUGUUACGAUCUGCGUGGAAAAUAAGAAUAGAUUUAACUACUCUACAAGUCACUGAAAACAUGCUUGGUUGAGAAAUUACCAAUUUACCAACAUUUGAAAUUCCAAAAAAUGUUGUUCUGGAAUCGUAAUGGAAAGUUGGGGGGAAAGCCACUUGCCCGGUGCAUUUUUGAAUUAUAUCUGUCAGUUUAUCAGUUUUGAAAUUGUGUGAAAAAAAGUGGCUUUUAGUAUCAAAAACUUUGGAUUUUUGUUGGGUCAGAACGUAGCCUAUUUAUGCCAAGUUCAUUUAACUAUUCAAACUGAUUUUUCAAACAUUGUGAAGAGUGCUUUUAGUGACUACAUUAACUUAAUUUUUCUGUAGGUCAUCUCGUUUUUUAUAUUUGUCAGAACUUGAACUGAGGGGACAAAAUUGCAGCUAAAGCAUGCAAGAAAAGCCAACAGUGUUUAUAUCCCUCUCUAUAUUACAGCUUUGCCUUCUUCUUGUAAGCAAUCCUGCUCUGCAAUCUUCUAAAUUAGUGGUUGUUGAAACAUUUCAACUUUUAAUUACACAUUUAUCUCACUUAUCGAGCCUUCGUCUAAAGGUGAAGAGAUAUGGACUAAAAUGUGAAUUUUUCAAUCAUGAAGUGAGAUACCUUUCCAAAAGCACUGUGAUAAAAUGUCAGUUUGAAGGCAAGCUUUUUGUACUUCUAUAAAGAGGGAAUAUAGAGUAACUAUUAAGAAUAACAUCUCUAUAGUAAAGCUUUUUUUGGAGCUCGAACUUAAGUAAAAUCCAUGAAAUAUCAAACGUUGAAAAUGUUUUGUGGAA